AUGUCCCUGGUGCUGCCCCCUGCUGGCGCUCAGCUGUUCACACACUUCACUCUUCAGUCGCUGCAGAAAAUACAAGCAAAAUAUGAAGAGGAACAAAAACGAAUUAAGAAACUCCAGGAGGAAAACACUGAGAUUCCAGAGGACGAUCUUCUCAAACCGAGCUCAGACCUGGAGGCAGGACAACCGCUUCCCUUCAUCUAUGGAAACCCCGCCCCUGAGUUUCUACAAACACCUUUGGAAGACCUGGAUCCAUUCUACCAAUCACACAAGACGUUCAUAGUUCUGGGGAAGGGAAAUGUCAUUUAUCGUUUUAACGCCGAGCCGGCCUGUUACCUGCUGUCGCCCUUCAGUCCAGUGCGUCGGCUGGCCAUAAGGAUCCUCAUCCAUUCAUAUCCUUCAUGUGUUCAUGUGUUCAUAACCCCAAACCCCAAACCCCUAAGCCGAACCGCCAAAACCAAACUCAUGAGGCUGGAAUCCUUCACAGGUUUGUUCAUCAUGAUGACCAUCCUCUCCAACUGUAUGUUCAUGACCAUGAGUGACCCUCCGCCCUGGAGCAAGACCGUGGAGUACGUGUUCACGGGGAUCUACACGAUUGAGGCUCUGGUGAAAGUCUGCUCCAGAGGGUUCUGUGUGGGAGACUUCACCUUCCUGAGGGACCCAUGGAACUGGCUGGACUUCAUGGUUAUAUCUAUGGCGUAUCUCACAGAGUUUGUGGAUCUUGGGAACGUGUCAGCACUCAGGACAUUCAGAGUACUACGGGCCCUUAAAACCAUCACUGUGAUCCCUGGUCUAAAGACGAUAGUGGGCGCCCUGAUUCAGGCAGUGAAGAAGCUCGCAGAUGUGAUGAUCCUGACGGUCUUCUGCCUCAGUGUCUUCGCUCUGAUUGGUCUUCAGCUCUUCAUGGGGAACCUGCGACAGAAGUGUGUGCUGAUCCCGCCCACUUUUGGACAGGCCCCGCCCACCUACAGCCCAGCCACGCCCACUUACGAAACAUCCCUGAACACCACAGACGUCUUCACAAACCGAUCUCACGAGCAGUUUGACUACUUUGAGUUCAUCAAUAACCCAGAAAAUUACUACUUCCUAGAGGGACAAAUAGAUCCGCUUCUGUGUGGGAACAGCUCUGACGCCGGUAUUUGUCCGGAUGGGUACGUGUGCCUGAAAGCCGGUCCAAACCCAGACUACGGGUACACCAGUUAUGACACCUUCGCCUGGGCUUUUCUCGCUCUCUUCAGACUUAUGACUCAAGACUUCUGGGAGAACCUUUUCCAGCUGACCAUGCGAGCUGCAGGGAAGGCCUACAUGCUCUUCUUUGUGGUGGUGAUCUUUCUUGGCUCGUUUUAUCUCAUUAACCUGAUCCUCGCCGUAGUCGCUAUGGCCUACGCUGAGCAGAAUCAGGCCAGCAUUGAUGAGAAGCGCAAGAAGGACCAAGAGUAUGAACAAAUACUGAUUAUCCUGAAAGAGCGAGAGCAAGAGAGGGCGGCUCUGGACCCGGACUCUGAGGACAAGGCUGAAGAUCCAGAAGAACGGCCCUGUCCUCCAUGUUGGUACUCCUUCUCCUCACUCUUCCUGAUCUGGGACUGCCCGUGCUACCGCCCCCUAAAAGUCGUCCUGCACACAAUUGUCAUGGACCCAUUUGUGGAUUUGGGCAUCACCAUCUGCAUUGUUCUGAAUACUGUGUUUAUGGCCAUGGAACAUUUCCCCAUGUCUGAGGACUUUGAGAACUUGCUGACAGUGGGGAACCUGGUCUUCACUGGAAUCUUCACGGCUGAGAUGGUCCUCAAGCUCGUGGCUCUGGAUCCGUACCAUUAUUUCCAGGUGGGAUGGAACAUCUUUGACUGUAUCAUCGUCACAAUGAGCCUCGUAGAGCUCGGAUUGGCCAACGUCCAGGGGCUGUCUGUACUACGCUCCUUUCGAUUGAUGCGUGUGUUCAAACUGGCCAAGUCCUGGCCCACUCUCAACAUGCUGAUUAAGAUCAUCGGAAACUCGGUGGGCGCCUUGGGGAACCUCACCCUGGUGCUGGCCAUCAUCGUGUUCAUCUUUGCGGUCGUGGGGAUGCAGCUGUUCGGUCGCAGCUACAGCGAGUGUGUGUGUCGCAUCUCAGCCAACUGCGAGCUGCCGCGCUGGCACAUGACCGACUUCUUCCACUCAUUUCUCAUCAUCUUCAGAGUCCUGUGUGGAGAGUGGAUCGAGACCAUGUGGGACUGCAUGGAAGUGUCCGGCCAGACCAUGUGUUUGACGGUCUUUAUGAUGGUCAUGGUGAUCGGUAACCUGGUGGUGAGGAAUGGGGCUGAGACUGGAGCAGGACCGUAA